AUGGACACCACGAUCCAACCAACCCGAGAACCUAAUUACGCUCCCUAUCAGAAGGAGCUCUUCCUUCUUUCACAGAAAGGCUCCCAUCCUGAAUUCUCCACUCGACCUGAUAAACUUGAGGAGCUGGCGAAAGAGACGCUGAGUAAAGGAGGAUGGCUAUAUGCGAGCUGUAAUGCGGGUAUUGGAUGGACCGAUCGGGCUAACAGGGAGGCUUUCUAUAGAUGGCGAAUCGUCCCCCGUAUGCUCGUCGAUACCACAGCCAGAGAUACUACAACAGAAUUAUUUGGCCAUAAGAUCAACGCUCCUAUUGCAUUUGCACCAAUCGGUAUAAACAAGAUCUAUCAUCCGUUGGGCGAAUUGAAUGCAGCGAAAGUAGCUUCCGAGCUAAAUAUCCCUUAUUGUCUGUCGACGGCGGGUAGUCAACCAAUUGAGGAUGUAGCGAAGAUCAAUGGGAAUGGACCGAGGUUCUUCCAGCUGUACUGCCCUCAUGAUGAAGACCUGGAAGACAGUCUACUCCAAAGAGCAUGGGACAGCGGAUUUGAUGUUUGCAUCAUGACAUUAGACACCUGGCAACUUGCAUGGAGACAUGAAGAUAUUGCCAACUCAAACUACGCCUUUUACAGAGGUAUCGGCGCAGAGAUAGGAUUGACCGAUCCCGUAUUUCAAAAACGGAUCAAAGAAGCUGGACUGAACCCUGAGAACCAAGAGGAUAUGCAAAAGAUUGGUGAGAAAUGGAUCGAUAAUGUAUGGCAUGGUAAAGCGCAUACAUGGGAGAAGAUACCCAAGUUGAUUCAAAAAUGGAAGAAGAUCUCCAACGGACGACCAUUCCUCCUCAAAGGUAUCCAACAUCCGGACGACGCUCGUAAAGCCGUGGUAGUAGGAUGCGAUGGGAUUGUAGUCUCCAACCAUGCAGGGAGACAGGUCGAUGGUGCAGUUGGCAGUUUGGAGGUAUUACCUGAGAUUGUGGAAGCCGUAGGAGAUAAAUGUACAAUCCUUUUCGAUUCUGGUAUUCGAACAGCAGCAGAUGUAUUCAAGGCUCUGGCCUUGGGUGCAAAAGCGGUGCUUGUCGGUCGACUCUAUGUCUUCGGAAUGGGCAUAGCGGGUGAAGCGGGCGUCCGUCAUGUUAUGAAAUCACUUUUGGCCGAAUUUGAUAUCCUGAUGAAUUGUGCUGGAGUUAACAGAAUUCAAGAUAUCAAUAAAUCACAUCUUCGUUACGUGGAAGGUAUUGGUGGGUUGUCAGGAACGUUGUAA